AUGAGUACCAUUACUGAUGAAUGUUCAAUCACUAAAGGGCAGAAAUACCUAAAUCAAAGCAUGGCGAUUUCACGGAAAAAUUCUAUUACUAAGCAUAGACAGAAUAAGCAAGAAAGACUCUUAUCUCUGUAGACAAAUACAGACACUAACAUGAUUCUUUAUAAUAACAUCCAGCACUAGGUCAACUAAAUCGACUAAAUCUUUACAAGCGAUAGCUUUAAAAAGAAGAUUCUACCAAAGCCAUUCAAGAUUACUGAGAAGAAGCUUUAGGAAAUUGAGACUGAGAAGUUCUUGAACGGGAUUUAAAUGUUUAAACCUCCAGUGAAAGAGAGUUCUAAGUUUAUCAAGUUUUUUAGAAACCAAAACCCUUGUCAUGAUGUCAAUAACGAGAAACCAUCUUCAACAAGGCAUGGACAUUUUCUCGAUCAAGAGUCACUCUUCAAGAUGGGCCAAGUAACAAUAGGUGAUUUAAAGCAGACUUUGAUGUAAAAUAACAAAGAGAUACAAAAUAAAACUCCUCAUAAGUAUAAUUAAACUACUCAGAAUUUUUUCUAAAAGCGGUCUAAUUCACAUAUAUACAGAAAUAAUCAAUCUCUAUAAUAUCAUCAAACAAUUGAAAAGCAGAAGUAAAGCUUUUUAGAUUAGGUUUAACAGCAGUAAAAAUUUGAGGAUGAAAGAGUGAAAAAGUAAGAGGAUUUUGAGUAGUUCAAGAUUUUGCUUAAAUAGAUGUAGACAGUUGUAGAGUAGGUUGAGUCAGAGAAUAAUUUGAUUAAAUCUGAUUAAGUUGAGUUAAGAUCAGAUGAGGAAAGUGAGGCAAAGAUUGGAUAAGAUGAAACUAAUCGAACUAAUGCUAAGCAGUCAACUGAAAGAUGGCAAGAUAUAUUAAGGAGGACAGGUACUGAUUCCACCGAAAUACAGCAGAUAAAGAAAAUGAUUGAGUAGCCUUGGCAAAUUUACCUCAAGCAGAAGAUGAGAUAAUUGGUAAAAGUAGAGAGAAAAUUUGAUGAAAGUGAGCUAUAAAAGCAGGCAGAGGAGGAUUUCUUUCUUAAGAAAUUACUUAAAUUUAGAGCUAAAGAUGAUAUCUCUUUUCUUGAAUAGCCAGUUGAUCAGUGCAUGCAGGUUUAAUUCUUCAAGAAAGAUGAUUAAUUGAUGAAGUUUUACGGCUAAAAAUACAGAUUUGAAAUGAAAGAAAUUAGGCCUUUUGGUGGGCAUACAAUGAUCAAGGAGCUUAAUCCUGUUUAUAAUGAUGAAGUUUAUGUUACGGAGAUGAGGAAAUUCAUGAGUGAACAACAUAAAAUAUAAAAACAGCAGAAGCAAAGGUUCUUUGAAAUGCAAAAGGAUCUUAAUAAGACUAGUUUUAUGCAGCCACUUAAAACUCAAUGCAACUUUAGCUUUAAAAAUAGAAGUAAGUCCAUAAAUUCUGAGUACAUAAUGGGUUAGACAUCAAAAUUUAGUACAAAUCCAUUUUUUCACAAAAAUUAAAGUAUGAUGGAGAAAUAUAAUACCCAUAAUAGAGAGCAAUUAACAACUGAAGAUACCUCAGGGAAUAUAGACAAUAGUUCACUUAAACUGCUUAAUCUGGAUUCAGUCAACUCACAUAACAGAGACAUUAAUUCAACACAUUACAGAACAUUUUCAACUGAACUUACUCUUUAUCCAAACUCUAUGAAAGCUUAGAGUUCCCCUAAGACUAUACAGUUACUUGAGCAGGCAUAACUAAAUGAUAAAAUUACUGAGUAUCAGAAACUAAACAAAGUCCUCUAUAUCCAAAUUAGACAAGAGAUGAAACUUAAAUGA